AUGACCUCACCAUUGGAUGAAUAUCGUAAAAAGGCUACAAUCAACUCUCAAGAGCUGAGAGAUGUAGUGGAAGGUGAGGAUAAUGUGAAAAUCAAGGAUCAAAUCUACGAAGCGUUCAGAAAGGACCCCCUAUUUGCUCGUAACUACGAUCGACCAUCGCUCGAACAGCUCAGGGAAUUGAACCAUCGGCGCUGGAAACGAAUUGUCGAGCUGAAACUACCACUCGAUCAAUACAGUGACUCCCAAGGCUACCAAUGCCUUAUGGAAGUACUCGAAACAUACGACCAAGGCUUGUCAGCCCGUCUAGCUCUGCACUCUUCGGUAUUUGGCAUGGCGGUGGCAUCAAUGGGUACUAAGCGACAUGACGAUAUCUUGGAAAAAACCAGAAGGAAUGAGAUAGUUGGCUGCUUCUGCCUCACCGAGCUCGGUCACGGAUCUAAUACUCAAGAAAUCCAAACCACAGCAACCUUUGACAGUGGCGAAUUCGUUUUCAACUGCCCGUCCGAGCAGGCUAUCAAGUGCUGGGCUGGGAACUUAUCUCAUUCUGCAACACAUGCAGUCGUAUUCGCUCAACUCUAUAUCCAAGGCAAAUGUGAAGGAGUUCAUGCUUUUGUAUUGCAAGUCAGAGAUCCAUUGACGUUCGAGCCUCUUCCCGGGAUUACCAUUGGUGAUAUGGGCGAGAAACCCGGAGCAUGGAAUGGAGUCGAGAAUGGCUGGAUGGAGUUCAAGAAUCAUCGCGCUCCAGUGUGGACUCUACUGAAUAAGGGAUGUGAAGUAACAGCCACCGGUAAAUACGUAUCCAGUUAUAAGACGUCUGCUGAGCGACAAUCUGUCAGUUUGGGAGCUUUGUCGAUUGGGAGGAUUGGCAUCAUCGGUAAAGGUGUCAUAGCAAGUGGACUGGCUGCAACUAUUGCCAUUCGUUACAGUGCUUGUCGUCGUCAGUUUGGAGAAACUAAAGGAGAUGAGCUCCCAGUCAUCGAGUAUCCUCUUCAGCAACAUCGCCUAUUUCCCUACUUGGCUGGACAUUUUGCCAUUCGGUUAUUUCAUAAAAAGCUUAUGGAGCACUUCACGAACUACAUCAUACGCAUGAUGCAAAACGAGAAGUCUGACGAGCUGAUGGAAUUCUCCAAAGAGAUUCAUGCCCUCUCAGCAGCUGCAAAACCCGUGUCGACAUGGUUUGGUGUUGAAGCACUUGGUGAAGCACGACGAGCAUGUGGAGGACAUGGUUUUCUACACAGUUCACGACUGAACGAACUACGUGACAGCUUUGAUCCAUCCCAGACGUUUGAAGGAGAGAACUAUAUGAUACUACAACAAACUAGUAACAUUUUGCUUCAAAAGGUAGGCUCUAUCCUAACUCGUCGAGAAAUUGUUUAUUUACUUAACUCAAAGAUUUAUAUAAUAGAUGCGUAUAAAUGGCUGAUCCAUUACUAUGUCAAGCAAACUGCAAGCGAUCUUGCUGUCGAGAUCGACAACAGGAAGAAUUGCCCAUUUUCUGCUCGCAAUAACGUUCAGGUACACAGAGCUCAACAGCUUUCCAUUGCCUACGCUGAAUUAACGAUCAUCGAUUGGAGUCGACAAUUUGUCGAUGAGGUAGAACAACUCCCAAUCAAAAAAGUGCUCUACCGUCUGGUUGCACUGUAUAGCUUGUUUUCUGUUGAGAAACAUUUAGCCACUUGCUACAUGGGUGGCUACUGCACAGGAUCAACAUUUGGAGAAACUAUUCGAUUAAGCAUUCGACGACUUGAGAAGGAAAUCUAUCCGGACGCCGUUGCUUUGGUAGAUGCUAUAGCGCCACCAGAUUUUGUACUGAAUUCGGCACUAGGCUCCAGUGACGGAAGGCCCUACGAUCAUCUAAUGCGUGAGUUCCGGAAGCAUACGAAUCCUCGACCAAGCUGGUGGAAAGACCUGAGCAGUUUCCUCGAGAAAAAUAAAUCGAUAUCGAGUAAACUCUAA